CAGCAUUUGCCGUAGUUAGAAGCCUCGUGGAAUUUUUUUGUAAAAUGUAUGCUCCCCACCCACGCGGCGAGUAAUGUAUUAAAAGUAAGCUACCACAAUUUCUCGCUACACGUGACGUUGGGCGCCACUUAGCGCAAAUACGUUGAGCUUAAAGAUGUCAACCAUCCUGGAUGCUCCUAGACCUCGAGUUAAUUUUUCUUUGCUUUCACGAUUUAUUUGUAAGCCCGUCUGUUUCGUCGGACGUGUUGAGAAGGUGCACUCAACUGGAAAAACAUUCACUCUCGCGGAUGGAGAGGGACAAUGUGUGUCUGUUGAACUAAAUGACGCUCUUGAAGAAGAGCUGUCUGGAAUUGUGGAAGUCAUUGGAAUUGUGUCAAACAAAGGAGCUAUCAUAGCCAGUACAUUCACCAUGCUCCGAGAAGAGAGAGGCAUUCUGUUUGACCUGGAACUCUACAAUGAAGCUGUAAACGUCAUCCAUGAUUUCCCCCAGCAUUACCCUUUUGAUGCAGCUGAAAGUGGAUGACCUUUUACGUUUUUCCAUGAUUUUUAUUUUGUCUGGUUUUGUUAUAAAAGGGGGAAAAAAAUCACCAACAAUUAUGUAUACUGCAGAAAGUGUUUUAAAAUAAACUUCAAAGAUGCAAUUUCA